AUGUGUAUCUUCGAAUUUGCGUUCGCGUUAUGCUCCUUGUCCUCCAUCCUCCAUCUGGAGCUACCAAAACGUGAUUCAGCUGAGCGUUUCCCAGAGCUCGACCUGGAAUUGAAUAAUGUUCGACUGAUUGAUGCUCGAAUGUUCUCAAUGGCCUUAGUGAACAGUGGCUCAAAUCAAUGGCGAGAAUUUUUUCGUAUAACAAUGCCACGAGAGAAGGUGGCUAGACGAGAACAUAUUGCCUAUAUAAUGCGCAACGAACUGGAACGUCGUCGACGAGGUGUCGCAACGUUUGGAGGCGGGAGACGUGUCUCUGUGACCGAUUUGAUGGUCACACCAUUGUAUGCUACCCAUCGGAAGGCAUACGCUAGAGAGCUAAAAAAGAACUUCAAAACAUGGCCUUUGAUGGUUGCAGAGGCAGCCGAGGAUAUCGAAAAAUCCCUUAAACAUCGCCUUCUUUUCGUUGAGAAUGUUUUACGUUUUGGUCAAAUGCAAGAGGUUGUGAAGGAAUUUCGUAAGCAAAAUCAAGAAUGGGUGAAUGAACGACUGAAAGUAACGGACAUACAUAAGCAGAUAAUUCUUGGAAAGAAAGUAAUUGAAUCUCUGAAUAAACAGCGACCAUUUCAAUCAGCAUAUCAUCUGGCCAGUGAACUUCAUGAAUUGCCUGCAUCUGUCGGACAUUCAGUGUUUUUUUGUAUUGCACAGAAAGACCUGACAUUGAGCAUAGGAAAAGAGGAGAUUGUCAGAAAAUCUCCUGGUGAAUGGCAACAUAACUGGAAGAUGCAGACGAUGCAUAGAGAUAUGGAGCAUCGAUUAAUGGACAACAGUAUUCAAAAUCCUUUGCAAGAAAAACAACUUAGUGAACUUGAGGCGGCACAGCGCAUCGCCGAUGAAGUGGAUCGUCGGAUUGCUCUACUCAAUAAUCCUCAACAAAUUGGAACCCUAUGUAGCGGGAAAUUUGACGAAUUCUCACAGUAUUACAGGGAUGUCUUCUCAGAAAAUCCGGCGGCUGACUAUGCUCAUAAUGAAAUGAUCAGAAUGAUUCCAACAAAUGGUGGCGAUCCAUACGACGGGUAG